CACUCCUGACCCUCCAUGACCCCUCUCAGUCCCCUAGCAAGUCACUCGCUGGAAGAGGCCCGGGAUGGCAAACACAAGUCUCCACACGAAGCGACAGGGAGGGAAUGUUUACGAAGGUGACAUAAGAACAGGCAUCAGGACUCGAACUCCUGACCUGUCAAAAAUCGAGAGGCGGGAACAGACGCGCACGGAAGCCGCGCGCCGCCCUCUGGGAGACGUAGUUCACGGCCCCCACCUCGCGCAGGCGCGGUCCCGGGCCGCGGUGGGCGUGGCCUUCACCCUGACCCUGCACGAAAGAGCGCGGCGAGGGAGGCCCGGGGUGAGCCGCCAGGCAGCUGCCCGCGGGAUCUGCUGGGCCCAGCUGGGAAUCGGAUUCCCGCAGCCUGGGCCCCGGGCGCGGGCGAGCGGAAGCACAGGCGCCGCCCUCUGGGCCUGCGGAGGAGCUGGCUCUUCCUGCGAGAGGCCCGGGGAAGAGGGAAUGACUGCCAGGCUCCUCCCUGCCAGGGACCCGGAGCAAGUGACUUUUGAGGACGUGGUCGUGGACUUCACCCAGGAGGAGUGGGGGCAGCUGGAGCCAGCCCAGAGGACCUUGUACCGAGAUGUGAUGCUGGAGACCUUUGGGCUUCUGGUCUCUGUGGACUUGGAAGCUAGACCCCAAACCAAACUAUCAACUGCAAAGCAAGACAUAACUGAAGAAAUACCCAGCAAUGCCCUGGUAAAAAGCUUCCUCUGGGAAAGUCUGUGGCACUCUAAGGGUGAAGAUGCUGAGGGCCCCUGGGAGCAAAGUUGCAAGAGGCCAGACAGCCAUGCGGUGCACAUGGCCUUCAUGCCUGUGAAGACACCCACUCAGGAGCAGCAGCAGGGGAAUGGGUUUGGGGACACCUUGAGUCUGAGCCCUGAUCUCCCAAUUCAACCAAUGACUCCUGAAAGGCAAGGCCCUCCCAUGUGGGGAACACAUGGAAAAAGGGGGACUCUGCACUCAAAUGCUCAGCAGAAAAUCUCUGCAAAAGAGAAAUUCUACAAAUGUCAGGAAUGUGGAAAGGCCUUUAGUCACAGCUCAGCACUCAUUGAACAUCACCGAACACACACGGGAGAAAGACCUUAUGAAUGUCACGAAUGCGGGAAAGGCUUCCGAAAUAGCUCAGCACUUAGCAAACACCAGAGAAUCCACACUGGUGAGAAGCCUUACAAAUGCACUCAGUGUGGAAGGACCUUCAACCAAACUGCCCCACUGACCCAGCACCAGAGAACUCACACGGGUGAAAAGCCCUACAAGUGCAGUGAAUGUGGGAAAUCCUUUAGUUUUAGGUCCUCCUUCAGCCAACAUGAGCGGACACACACGGGUGAGAAGCCCUACACAUGCAGUCAGUGCGGAAAGGCCUUCCGACAAAGUAUCCACCUCACCCAGCACCUGCGAAUCCACACUGGAGAGAAACCCUACCAGUGUGGAGAGUGUGGCAAGGCCUUCAGCCACAGCUCAUCCCUGACCAAACACCAGCGGAUCCACACUGGGGAGAAACCAUAUGAGUGCCAAGCAUGUGGAAAAGCCUUCACCCAGAUCACACCAUUGAUUCAGCAUCAGAGGACACACACAGGCGAGCGGCCAUAUGAGUGCAGCGAGUGUGGCAAGGCCUUCAGCCAAAGCACGCUCCUGACCGAGCAUCGGAGGAUCCACACAGGAGAGAAGCCCUAUGGGUGCAAUGAGUGUGGGAAGACCUUCAGUCACAGCUCGUCACUCAGCCAGCAUGAACGGACACACACGGGGGAGAAGCCCUAUGCAUGCAGUCAGUGUGGGAAGGCCUUCCGGCAGAGCACACACCUCACUCAACAUCAGAGGAUCCAUACUGGGGAGAAACCUUAUGAGUGCGGUGACUGUGGCAAGGCCUUCAGCCACAGCUCGUCUCUGACCAAACAUCAGCGGAUCCACACCGGGGAGAAGCCCUACGAGUGUAACGAGUGUGGCAGAGCCUUCAGCCAGCUGGCUCCACUCUUUCAGCAUCAGCGGAUCCACACAGGAGAGAAGCCCUAUGAGUGUAAUGAGUGUGGCAGAGCCUUCAGCCAGAGCUCCCUCCUCAUAGAACACCAGAGGAUUCACACCAAGGAAAAGCCCUAUGGGUGCAAUGAAUGUGGAAAAUCCUUCAGCCACAGCUCUUCACUCAGCCAGCAUGAGAGGACACACACAGGGGAAAAGCCCUAUGAGUGCCAGGAUUGCGGAAAAUCCUUCAGGCAGAGCACCCACCUCACUCAGCACCGGAGGAUCCAUACGGGAGAGAAGCCAUAUGAGUGCAGGGACUGUGGGAAAGCCUUCACACACAGCUCCUCCCUUACCAAGCACCAGAGAACUCAUACUGGGUAGUGCCACUCCACAUGUGCUGGGACACGGGAAAGCCUUAAGCCAUAGCACACUGCUUACUAGAUAUGACCCAAUCACACCCCUGAGAAACAGCACAAACAUACACAAGUCUUCACACACAUCACAUUGCUCAGAAUCCCUCAGAGUUCAUACUGAUGGAAAUGAUUGUGGGAAUACCGAGUUCUUGGUCCUCCAUCCCUGGAUAUCAGAUCAUCCAGCCAGUAGGGUUGUGUGGAGUUAGUCACUGUUGAGGACCUUCUGCCAUGAGUGCCCGCUAAGGCCUCAUUGUAGAACCUACAAAAGAGAAAUGGAAAAAGACAUGGGUCUGGGGUGGCUUCUAAGGAUUCACCCUAAUCCAAACCAGACAUUUUCAAAGUUGUGAGAAAUUCAACAAAUGCAUUUCAAAAAACAAAAAUCAGGAGUUCCCAUCGUGGCGCAGUGGUUAACGAAUCCGACUAGGAACCAUGAGGUUGCGGGUUCAAUCCCUGGCCUUGCUCAGUGGGUUGGGGAUCCGGCAUUGCCGUGAGCUGUGGUGUAGGUUGCAGACGCGGCUUGGAUCCUGUGUUGCUGUGUCUCUGGUGUAGGCUGGUGGCUAUGGCUCCGAUUAGACCCCUAGCCUGGGAACCUCCAUAUGCCAUGGGAGUGGCUGAAGAAAUGGCAAAAAGGCAAAAAACAAAACAAAAAAAACAAACAAAAAAAACCACGCAGUCAGAACAUUCUUGGUGGGGGGGAUGUGCUUAUGAAUGGUGCAAGUUUACUCUGACGUUUCCUAAAAAGACAGUGGCAAAUAUGAGAGUGGCAUCUUUUUGGAAUCACCACGACUACUCAACUCUUUCAAUACAAAGUUUUCUGAUUUGUGUGUAAAUUCUAUGCUCAAGGUAAAUGGCCACCAGCCUCACAGAUGUGAAUUCUAUAUGACAAAGUAUCCAUAUACUAUAAACAGAUUUUAUAAAUUAAUCUUUAUAUGCAUUGGAGUUGACAAGAUUUGUGUAGGAAGACUCAAAAUGGAAAGUCCCAUCCAUGGAGUUCUGCAGAUUCUAAGUUGGCUUCUGCUGCUCCGUUCUUGCUGUGAGGUUUUCUAAAGGACUCACAGGCAUUAGGAAUACAGGUGUUGCUGUUUCACAAAAAGAUUUUUUUCCUUUGUUAAGCUACACAUUGGUACCUUAUGUUUUAUAAGAUUUUUCUCUUGAGGAGUUCCUCCAUGGCUCAGUGGGUUAAGCACCCAAUGUUGUCACGGCUGUGGCUCAGGUCCCUGCUGUGGCACAGGCUCAGUCCCUGGCCCAGGAACUUCCAAAUGCCAUAGGCAUGGCCGAAAAAAAAAAAAAAAAAGAUUUAUCUUGAGAAAUGAACAACUUAAUCUCAUGAACUGCUUUUUAAAAAAAUUGAUUCUUCAUCCUGGUGUUUAAUAAGUUUUCGUUUUUAUAAAAUUUAACCUAAAGGCGGUCUAUAGAAUUUCACUGAACCCUGAAUUCACUAACAGCAGUCGCCCUGAUACCCACAAUCCUUAAACAGUGACUUGUCACUCUCACUAGAACCCAUAUUUAAACUUCAUUGGCUGGGUUUGUUCACCAGCCAUCAGUUAGGGCUAUAUCAGUCAGUUUCAUCUUUCCUAAUCACAAUGCUGGAAUAUGAGUUUCCAGUUAACUUAAAAUUUCUCCCUUGGUGGAGCAAUGUUGCAAAUAGUCCUCUAAUACUGUUCCUAAGUAUGCUGGUGGAAUGCCUCCUCUUUUUUGGAAUUGACUUCAGUCAUUUAAAAACCACUUAAGGAGGGAGUUCCCGUCAUGACGCAGUGGUUAAGGAAUCCGACUAGGAACCAUGAGUUUGCAGGUUCGAUCCCUGGCCUCACUCAGUGGGUUAAGGAUCCGGCGUUGGCGUGAACUGUGGUGUAAGCCAGUGACUACAGCUCCUAUUAGACCCCUAGCCUGGGACCUCCAUAUGCCAUGGGUGCGGCCCUAGAAAAGACAGAAGAAAAAAAAAAAAGAAGAAAAAUAAAACCAUUUAAGGAAUUCUCUGAUGAUUCAGGGGGUUAAGGAUACGAUACUGUCACUGCUGUGGUGAAGGUUCGAUCCCUGGCCCAGGAACUUCUACAUGCCAUGGUCACAGCCAAAAAUAAAUAAUACAACUAAGUAAAAAUAAUAACCAUUUAAUAAAACUGGUAAAUAGUGCACAGCAGCACUCUUCAAUAGAAACAACACAAGCCGCACUGGUAAAUUUAAAUAUAACAGUCCCAUUUAAAAAGCAAGAAGGGAGCUCCUGUUGUGGUGCAGUGGAAAUGAAUCUGACUAGUAUCCAUGAGGAUGCGGAUUCGAUCCUUGGCCUCAAUCAGUGGGUUGGGUAUCUGGUGUUGCUGUGAGCUGAGGUGUAGGCUGCAGACACAGCUCAGAUCUGGCAUGGCUAUGGCUGUGGUCAGCAGCUGUAGAUCUGAUUCGACCCCAAGCCUGGGAACUUCCAUAUGCCGCGAGUGAGGCCCUAAAAAGAAUAAUAAUAAUAGAAAGAAGAAACAGGUGAAACUAAUUUACUAUUGUCCCCUGUAUAUCCCAAAUGUUACCACUUCAACA